GCGUAAGACGUGGUGAGUCGCCAACGCCAUUUUCAGACAGACGUCAGCUCUUCUCCUGCGUCACUUCCCAACCAGCCUCUCCCAGACGCCAUUUUAGUUCCUGUUGUCGACGAGAGAAGGCGGAAGCGCCGCCAUCAGCUAGUGGAGGUUUGCGGUGUAACUUGUAAGACGUCCCCUCGACGCCUUGGGCUGUGUGGUUGAGCUCGGAGGAGCAGUAGUGUUCCCCCUAUACCUGUAGACAUGCCGUCCUCCCCGCUCCGAGUCGCUGUGGUGUGUUCCAGCAACCAGAACCGCAGCAUGGAAGCGCACAAUAUCCUCAGUAAAAGAUCCUUCAAUGUCCGAUCCUUUGGAACAGGAACACAUGUUAAACUUCCCGGUCCUGCGCCAGACAAGCCAAAUGUUUACGAUUUCAAAACCACAUAUGAACAGAUGUACAAUGAUCUCCUUAAGAAAGACAAAGAACUAUAUACACAGAACGGUAUUUUACACAUGUUGGACAGAAAUAAGCGUAUCAAACCACGGCCAGAGAGGUUUCAGAACUGCAAAGACUAUUUUGACUUAGUGAUUACCUGUGAGGAGAGAGUCUACGAUCAGGUAGUUGAAGAUUUGAAUUCUAGAGAACAAGAAACCUGUCAGCCUGUGCAUGUGAUAAAUGUCGAUAUUCAGGAUAAUCAUGAAGAGGCCACACUAGGAGCAUUCUUAAUUUGUGAACUUUGCCAAUGUAUACAACACACGGAAGAUAUGGAGAAUGAGAUAGAUGAACUGUUACAAGAGUUUGAGGACAAAAGUGGGCGGACCUUUCUCCACACAAUCUGCUUCUAUUGAUGAUACAAAACGCAUUCAUGCCUUAUUCAAUAUGACUAUUCUAUAAUUCUGCAUUUCCAAGACCACCUUCAAUUUUGUUUAUUUUUAUUUUUUUCUCCUCCCCAUGUUUUCUUCUGCCAAGUGUUUUCCUUCAGGUAUUUUGUCCAAAACGACUGGGAUGUACAAACCUUUGUGUAUAUAUGGAAAAGAAAAUAGACUAUGAAAGAGCUAUAAAAAAAUAAAUCAGGAUUGCCUACAUUUGUGCUGGAUUAGUGUUCUUUUUAAUCUUUCAAUUUUAUUUUAUUUUUUGUAAAUAUUUCCAAACAGGAAGUUUCUGUUGUGGUUCUAGUUGCUUUUUAAUCCUUUUCUGUCAUAGCGGAAAGCAGCACAUUGAUGGAUCCACUGUCAGUGCAGGGGUUACAUGGCUGUGAUGGCAGAUCUACCAAUAUGAAUAAUAAUAUCUGUAAAAUAAUAGGUAAUAAAUUGGAAAUGUACUCAUGAA